CGGGCGCGGGGCGCACUCGGCUGCGCGCUAAGCUCCGGGUGCACCGACGCUCCGCGGGCGGCUGGAGCUCGGCUUUGCUCUUGCUGUAGCAGCCGCGCCGCCCGCCCCACUCGACUCAGAUUCCGACCCCAGCCCCCUCUGCACCGCCCUCCCGGACUCCAACCCAGGCUCCCAUACCCGGCCCCGCGGACCAUGCUCCGGGCACCCCCCGGAAAACCGGGCUGGGUGAAGAGCAGGCAAAGACUAGGCUCCCGAGCAGGGGCCCCACCCGGCUGCCCUUCUUUCGGCCCGCACCCUGCCCUGUGUCCCUGAGCGGUGUGAGCCUGCUGGGCCAUGGAGCGCGCGCCGCCCGACGGGCUGCUGAACGCGUCGGGCGCUCUGGCCGGUGAGGCGGCGGCCACAGGCGGGGCGCGCAGCUUCUCCGCUGCCUGGACCGCUGUCCUGGCUGCGCUCAUGGCGCUGCUCAUCGUGGCCACAGUGCUGGGCAACGCUCUGGUCAUGCUCGCCUUCGUGGCAGAUUCGAGCCUCCGCACCCAGAACAACUUCUUUCUGCUCAACCUCGCCAUCUCCGACUUCCUCGUAGGGUUGGCAGAAGCCCAGGUUCUGGGUCCAGAAGUCCUUAUGUGGAGGUCCUUCCUCCUGCCUCCAGGUCCAGGAGACAUCGGUGGUCUGGAGAUUUUGUGGAGGCUGGAGGCUGGCAGUUGCUCAGUUGUGGGGGAACAGGGUGCCUUCUGCAUCCCAUUGUAUGUACCCUAUGUGCUGACGGGCCGCUGGACCUUUGGCCGGGGCCUCUGCAAGCUGUGGCUGGUGGUAGACUAUCUGCUGUGUGCCUCCUCAGUCUUCAACAUCGUGCUGAUCAGCUAUGACCGAUUCCUGUCAGUCACUCGAGCUGUCUCCUACCGGGCCCAGCAGGGGGACACACGAAGGGCAGUGCAGAAGAUGGCACUAGUGUGGGUGCUGGCCUUCCUGCUGUACGGGCCUGCCAUCCUGAGUUGGGAGUACCUGUCUGGUGGCAGCUCCAUCCCCGAGGGCCACUGCUACGCUGAGUUCUUCUACAACUGGUACUUCCUCAUCACGGCCUCCACUCUGGAGUUUUUCACGCCUUUCCUCAGUGUUACCUUCUUCAACCUCAGCAUCUACCUGAACAUCCAGAGGCGCACCCGCCUCCGGCUGGACGGGGCCCGUGAGGCUGGUCCAGAACCCCCACCUGACGCCCAGCCCUCACCACCUCCAGCUCCCCCCAGCUGCUGGGGCUGCUGGCCCAAAGGGCAUGGGGAGGCCAUGCCACUGCACAGGUACGGGGUGGGCGAGGCAGGCCCUGGUGUGGAGGCUGGGGAGGCUGCUCUCGGGGGUGGCAGUGGUGGGGGCGCUGCUGCCUCACCCACCUCCAGCUCUGGCAGCUCCUCGAGGGGCACUGAGAGGCCACGCUCACUCAAAAGGGGCUCCAAGCCAUCAGCGUCUUCAGCAUCCCUGGAGAAGCGCAUGAAGAUGGUGUCCCAGAGCAUCACCCAGCGCUUUCGGCUGUCACGGGACAAGAAGGUGGCCAAGUCUCUUGCCAUCAUUGUGAGCAUCUUUGGGCUCUGCUGGGCCCCGUAUACACUCCUAAUGAUCAUCCGAGCUGCUUGCCAUGGCCACUGCAUCCCCGACUACUGGUACGAGACGUCCUUCUGGCUUCUGUGGGCCAACUCAGCCGUCAACCCCGUGCUCUACCCGCUGUGCCACUACAGCUUCCGCAGGGCCUUCACCAAGCUCCUCUGUCCCCAGAAGCUCAAGGUCCAGCCCCAUGGCUCCCUGGAGCAGUGCUGGAAGUGAGCAGCUGCUCCACUCUUCUGCGGCUGUACCCUUGUAUUUGUUUCAUGGGCAGCCCCAGGUGUGGGCCCUGCCUUGUCCAUGGCCGCUCUAAACGCCAUGAUAGCCUCUUAGAUCAUCAGCCCUGCAGUGGGGCAGCCUGGUAGGCUGGCUAGGGGCCCUCACUGGUGGAACUGGAGCAUGCUGGCUGGCUCUGCCGCCACAUUCUCCAUCACCCCAGAAGAGACAAUCCAGGAGUCCCAGGCAUGCAUCCCACCUCCACAGACAACGCAGUGCCAGUGGGGUCCCCUUUUGCACACUUAGUGGUUGGUGUCCUCUCUAAUGCAAAUCUUGGUGUGUGCUCCAGGCUCCUGCCCCAGCAGUGUGCCCUGCAUGUGCACACAACUGCCGCACACCCACCACACACUGCAACUCUUCCCUCUCCCAGACAAUCUGGGGAUGAUGCUCUUUGCUGCCUUUGUCUCUUGCUUAAGCCCAGAGCCUAGUUCCUUUAACCUUAUCCCUUCAACUCUUUGCCCCACCAAGUGUCAAGUGCCCCAGGAACCUUGAAGCCUUGCUCUGCUUUUCCAUUCUGGAUGUUUUCAAGGAAGAUGGAAGAGAAGAAAACACGUCUGUGAACUUGAUGUUCCUUGGAUGUUUAAUCAAGAGAGACAAAAUUGCCGAGGAGCUUGGGGCUGGAUUGGCAGGUGUGGGCUCCCAC